AUGGCUGCCGCUGCUGUUGCCACCCCAGGGGCCACCGUGCUGCCGUCAGGACCUGCUGCCGCUCUGCCAGUCGGUGCGGGCGCGGCACCUGCCGGCAAGGGACCGGCCAAUCUGCUGGAGAUUGUUGGCGAGGCCAACGUUGUGAACUACAUGAAGAACCGCCUGAGGAAGGGGGCCAUGAAGCGCAAGGGCCAGGAGAUUGUGAAUGGGCAUCGGUUCGGGAUGCGCUUCUUCAAGCAGCCCACCUACUGUGGCCAGUGCAAGGACUUCAUCUGGGGCUUUGGAAAGCCUGGUUUGCAGUGCGAGGAGUGCCGCUUCAACAUCCACCAGAAGUGCUGCAAGUCUGUCGAGUUCAAGUGCCCCGGCAAGGACACGGACUUCGAUGCGGACUGCGCCAAGGUGAAGCACGGCUGGAACUCCACCACCUACACCACGCCCACCUUCUGCGAUGAGUGCGGCUUGCUGCUCCACGGCGUGGCCCAUCAGGGAGUGAAGUGCGAGAACUGCAACCUGAAUGUGCAUCAUGCGUGCCAGGAGCAGGUGCCACCGAUGUGCGGGGCGGACAUCAGCGAGGUCCGCGGCAGGCUGCUGAUCUACGUGGAACUCAAGGGGAACAACCUCAAAGUCGACAUCAAGGAGGCGGCCAACCUCAUUCCCAUGGACACCAAUGGGUUCAGCGAUCCGUACAUCGCUGUCCAAAUGCAUCCGGACCGUUCGGGACGCACCAAAAAGAAGACCAAGACCAUCCAGAAGAACCUCAAUCCGGUCUUCAGUGAGACCUUCACCUUUGAACUGCAGCCGCAGGAUCGAGACAAGCGUCUGCUCAUCGAGGUGUGGGACUGGGAUCGUACCUCGCGCAACGACUUCAUGGGCUCCUUCUCGUUUAGCAUCGAGGAACUGCAGAAGGAACCGGUCGAUGGCUGGUACAAGUUCCUCUCCCAGGUGGAGGGCGAGCACUACAACAUCCCCUGCGUGGAUGUCGUAAAUGAUAUGGCCCGUCUGAGCGAUGAAGUCAGGCACGAUCGGCGACCCAAUGACAAGCGUCGGAUGGACAACAAGGAUAUGCCGCAUAACAUGAACAAGCGCGACAUGAUCCGCGCUGCCGACUUCAACUUUGUCAAGGUCAUUGGCAAAGGAUCUUUCGGCAAAGUUUUCCUAGCCGAGCGUCGCGGCACCGACGAGUUGUACGCAGUAAAGGUCCUCCGGAAGGAUGUCAUCAUCCAGACGGACGACAUGGAGCUGCCGAUGAACGAGAAGAGAGUACUGGCCCUAUCCGGUCGUCCCCCCUUUCUGGUGUCCAUGCACUCGUGCUUCCAGACCAUGGACCGUCUUUUCUUCGUGAUGGAGUACUGCAAGGGCGGGGAUCUCAUGUACCACAUGCAGCAGUACGGAAGGUUCAAGGAGUCUGUGGCCAUCUUCUAUGCUGUGGAGAUAGCCAUUGCCUUAUUCUUCCUGCAUGAACGCGACAUCAUCUAUCGCGACCUGAAGCUGGACAACAUUCUGCUGGAUGGCGAGGGGCAUGUGAAGCUCGUGGACUUUGGCCUAAGCAAGGCGGGGGUCACAGAGCGCGAUAACACGCGCACCUUCUGCGGCACUGCCAACUACAUGGCACCGGAGAUCGUUAGCUUUGAUCCGUAUUCCAUUACCGCUGACUGGUGGUCGUAUGGGGUGCUGCUCUACGAGUUCAUGGCCGGACAGUCUCCGUUCGAGGGGGACGAUGAGUCCACCGUCUUUCGCAACAUCAAGGAGAAGAAGGCCGUGUUCCCCAAGCACUUCACCCAAGACGCCAUGGACAUCCUAACCAGUUUCCUGGCCAAGAAGCCCAACAAUCGCCUGGGCGCUGGCCGAUACGCCAGGCAGGAGAUUACCACGCAUCCUUUCUUCGGCAGCAUCGACUGGGAAAAGGCCGAGGCGGGUGAACUGGAACCACCCAUCGUACCCAGAAUUAAACACCGCAAGGACAUUAGCAACUUUGAUGCUGCUUUUACCAAGGAGAAGACAGAUUUGACACCAACCGAUAAGCUCUUCAUGAUGAACUUGGACCAGAACGAUUUCAUUGGAUUCUCCUACAUGAAUCCCGAGUUUAUAACCAUUCUCUAAAGAUUCUAUGGCUUAAAGAAAGCUCGUAAUUUACGCUGAAAAGUUUGUUUAGCUAAUACGGAUAAAAGCUGAAAGCUUAGAGACGAUUCUGGAUACAAAUAAAGUCAUACAAUGUCGUGGAGCUUCCAGCUUGCCACAAACUGA